UAGAGGCUAUUCCCCUGGAUAGCCUCAUUCCACAUAAAGCUUUUGACUGAAAAAAAUUACUUCAUUCUUACCUCAUAGUUAAAAAUUGUUACCAUUAUAUGCGGUGUAUGACAUAUAAUCACAGGGAUAAUGUACGUGAAAGCAUUCCUGCAUGUCAUUACCAGUACAUUGGUGAUAGAAGCUUGAAAUACGUGUGAGUAAGAUAUUUUACUCACAUAUUUAUGAUUGCUGAAAAAAAAAGACCAUUUAAAGGCUUGAAAAGUGUGUUAGGUUCAUGUGAGGUAAUAUGUCUUUGUUAGAUAGCUUUAUGAGAUAUCUAGAAAAACUGAAAUAUUGGAAAACAGGGGAGGGCACUGAAAUCUCUGCAUGGUGAUGUAUACAUGUAAGUGCUGCGGGGUUCGAAGCUAUGUGUCAUGCAUGCAGUCAUUGGAAUAGGAUUUCCUCGUUGUUGAAAAGUGCGGGGUGCAUUCACAAUUAAGCUUUAAUACUAGGUAGAGCGAUCCAAGACUGCAAGGACUCUUGCUUUGAUGCAGUCAGGAUCAGAGUUCCCAGAUGCCCCCUCAUUACUCGAUGCCAUCUAUGAGCUAGAAGAAAAAGAAAGAGAAGAAAGAAAGAGACAAGAGAUGAGAGAAUUAGAAUUGAAUGAAAAUUCAGCAGCCUCAUCGCUCACUUUACCCCAGGACGAGCCUAACACCGAGCCUCAAGAUGAGCAGCAACCAGGAGCAGCAGCAGCAGCGCCAUCUAGGGAACUGCCAGAGGAGUAUCAGACUCUGAGGGAGGAGAAUAGAAAACUGAAAGAAGAGAGAAUAUGCAAAAUAUGUCUUGACGAUGAAGUUUCCGUUCUCUUGCUUCCAUGUGCGCAUUUAGUUGCAUGUGCCCAUUGUGCCCCUGCGUUACGACGCUGCCCUAUAUGCAGAGGAGUCAUAGAAGGGACAGUUAGGACGUAUAUUCCAUGAUAAGAAAUGUUCUCCUUAGCCAUACCAAAGGUUGUUUAUGUUUGAAUCUAUUUAUGAGUUUGAUAUUUAAAUAUCAUAUUCGGUACAAGUUAUAUAUUCUUAGGAAGUCACUUUUGUUAUUUAUUUAUUUAUUUAUUUAUUUAUUUAUUUAUUUAUUUUGUUUAGAGUUUAUGAAUGAAAUUGAUAAAGAUAAGUUGUUCAAGUAAAACCCUUAAAGGAUUUUGAUAUCCUAGGUUGAACUAAUUUUUUGUCAGAAGUGGGAUAUCAGAAACAUUUCUAUUUUUUUUUAUAUAAGCCUUUAUUAGCUCCCAUGAGGUACUUGUGAUUUGCAUAACAUAUCAGUUCUAUAUAGAUGAAAAAUUACUUUUGAAGUUCAUCAGUCUUAGCAAUGUUUUUUACCUCUUUUAUGUUCAAGAAGAGACAAUGUCUAGUCCUGAGACAGUGUGUAUGUAAUUCUGUUAAUCAUACAAGCAUCUUUAUGGCAUUUCAACUUCUGUUGUCAGGAAGAAGAAUGAUACGCCACUGCUCAAAGUGACUGUAAACAAACAGUUUUUUUUUUAAUCCUUUACAAUUUUACUAUAUUGAGGCCAGUUAUAAAAUUUGGUGCUUCAUGGCCCAGAUCAUAAUUAUAGCAGUAGUAACUUAAUAUUACUGUACAUAAUAAAUAAAAGUUCAUUAUACAGUCUGAAAUAUUAAUGUAAAGGGAUAUUACUUUUUAAGCUUACACAUGAUGAGUUAGAUUUUCAUUUUGGUAGUUUUUUGUUUCGUAAGUGAAAUUAACAAUCAACUUGUUUUGUCAAAGUCAUCGCCCAUGUUCACAGCCAGUUGUUCUAUUGUGGCACAUCCCACUUGAAAACAUGGCGAGAUUUAGUUGCUCUGCCAUUGCUGGGAGGAGGUGCAUGGGAGACGGGAAUCCAUUAUUAUGCACGCCAACUGGCUGUGAAUGCGGCCAUUUUACAGGUUUAUUUUCUGCAAAUUAUCUCUACUCUAAUUAAUUAAUAAAUCUUUGUUUGGAGUGUGAUGAACCUUUUUUGUUUUGCUUGCAUACCCAACACAUGACAGCAGUUUCUGUCAAUAUUAUGUGCAUUUUUGAUUAAAACCUUAGGGUGCAUUCAGAACAUAAUCUGUAAACUGACUGAUCUGCCCACUAAAUAUGGCAAACCUGGGCCCCGUAACUACAAAGCAUCGUGCAUUGCGACUGAUUGCAAGCAUCUCGAUUCCAUAACUCACCCAUACUAGCUAUAGCCCCAUAUAAUACACUGUAGCCUCUAUGUGAAAUCGCUAUUCACAAUACGCGAUGCUUUUGAGUUACAGGGCCCUGACUUAAAUGCAAUCAGCUAAAUCCCCUGAUGGUUUUUCCUACCUCCACACAUGCCAUUAAACCCAAUAAAUCUGGGCUUGGAGGUUUAAAUACUAGGCCCCUGCAACCAUGGCACAUGUGGAGGCUGGGAGACCGUCGGGGGGAUUAGCAGUAUCGCUUCAAAGUGGGUCAGCCAUAAUUAAUCGCCAGAUCUUUAAAUCCCCAGAUCAACUUGUUCUGAAUGUGCUCUAAGUAUGCAGCCAGGUUCACUUUUGAGUUAAGGUCCUUAGACUAAGCAUUAAAAAGGCGCUUUUAAAUGUUGAGAAAAAUUGUGACUAAGUCUCGUUUGCAACAUGAAAAAUGCUAUUUAGAUUAUGGACUUAGUUGAACCAAUAAAGGCUUUGUAUUAUCUGA